AUGAAGUCGAAAUCGACAAGACUGCGCAUACACAAAGAUCGCGUUAGGGCGCGUUUGAACUCCGAUAACGAUAAGCUCGGUGGCGGGCAGACGCCUAUCGCGCAAUCGAUAUUGAAGUCUGCGGAAAACGGGAAACAGGAGAACCUACGAAGACGGAACUUCUUCGCAAUGCUCAGCACUAUCUCAAGAACGGGCUUGAAUAGUCUUUCAAGAGUUAUCAGUUCCUCCCAUUCUACAGUCUUGGCUAUUCGGCAUGCAUCAUUGAAUUCAGCAAUUGGAGAGGGUAUUCGCAGAUCUCAGACCGCAGACAGAGAUAAUCGUCGCGGCAACGAGUCUCGCUUUCCUAAGCGCGAACGACAAUACGAGGGGCAAUACGCAGCGCGACAAUACGAGAGAUCAGGUGAAUCAAAUUUCAAUAGCCGUCAAACAAACGGAGCGCGACAGGACUACGGAAAAUCAGACCAAUCCAACUUCAACGACCGUCGAACAAACGGAGCGCGACAGGACUACGGAAGAUCAGACCAAUCCAACUUCAACGACCGUCGAACAAAUAGGGCGCGGCAAUAUGAAGAAGAAAAGCCCGAGAGAUCAGGAUUCAACUCUAGCAUUCAACGAAAUUAUGGCCAGCGUGAGCGAGAAUACGGAGCAAAGAAAGCCUGGACAUCAGACGGUGUAGGUCGUAAAGACUAUGACCGCCGACAAUCGUCAUGGAAUGACACCUCCCCAUCCCCACGACAAAGCCGAAAGGAAGAAAAGUUUGAGUUCGACGAGGAUGAGUUCAUUCGUUCUGGUGAUUUCCGAGGACUUCCCCGUGAACAUCAAUCCCGAUUCCAAUCCCGAUUCCAAUCGCGCACACAAGAUGGUCCAUUCACACAAUCGGGCCGAGGAAGGCCUUCGAUGGACGAACCACGGGAGAAGGAGCCAGCAAGACCUAGGGCUCACCGGGUCACGCACAGCAUGCCAGAGCGGGUGAAGGACAACGUCAAAGUGCCGGAUACAAUCCCCUACACUACACCGGCAUCUGAGUUCAUUUACGGCACCAGUGCCGUGGAGGCGGCGCUACGCUGCAGUCGGCGUCAGCUAUACAAGCUCUAUAUCUAUCAGAGCACGGAGGAAGAGCUAAGUGCAGCAAAGGUCACAAUCCGCAAACUGGCAUUGUCAAAGAACAUUGCAGUAAAAAUGGCAUUUGCAGGGUGGGAUCGACUCAUGGACAAGAUGAGUGCUGGGCGACCUCACAAUGGGUGCAUUUUGGAGGCAUCCCCUCUACCAAAAUUGCCUGUGCGUGGUCUCCAAGCUGUUCCAUCUAUAUCCGAGGAGUAUUUCCGGACGGAGCUUGCGCCACAAACCCGGGAAGAAGCUGCGGUAAAUGGCACCGACGAUCGUAUCCGAAUCCAUCAUCCUUCCCCGCCCCCGCAUGAAACUGAACAACACCAUCGAUACCCAAUUGUCUUGCUAUUGGAUGGAGUGGUCGAUACCGGUAAUAUGGGCGCCAUCAUCCGCUCAUCAUAUUUCCUGGGCGUCGAUGCAAUUGUUCUAGCUGGUCGCAACUCCGCACCAUUGUCUCCUAUCACCAUCAAAUGUUCUGCUGGUGCAGCAGAGAAUAUGCCUAUUCUUCACGUGAAGAAUGAAGUCGAUUUUAUUCAGCGAUCCCAGCAGAACGGGUGGCGAUUCUAUGCUGCAGAUGCACCACUUCCCGGCUCCAUGCACUUGGAUCACAUCCCGGCUGAUGGCGAUCAAAGUGGGGCGAAAUUGCCCAUCACUACUGCGCCGAGUGUCAUAAUGAUGGGCAGUGAGGCUACUGGAUUGAGCUCGCAUAUCAAGUCGCAUGCAAAUGCAAUCAUCAGUAUUCCAGGCGCCCGGCAGAGUUCCAUCCUGGGCGUUGAAUCGGAUCCUGCCCGCAUCGACAGUCUGAAUGUGAGUGUCGCCGCCGCGCUACUGAUGGAGAAGUUCCUGCGAACCCCCAUUACUGUGGGUGAGAUUGUCAAGAAAGAAAAGAACACGGAAAAGAACGUGGGAAAGGAGAAAAUGUGGUAA